CACUCGAGUGUUUGCGCGACCGUGAAAAGAGAAAAACAAAACAAAAAAAGGCUUGCCUUCCUCACUAGAAACUGGCGUCACCGAUCCAGUCAUGCAGAAUUGACUAUCACCAAAGAUUGGCGGAUGAGGGGGGGGGGAUAAAAAAAAAUAAAAAGAACAAAAUAGGGACUGGAGCUUUGCGAGGGAAAAAAAAGAGAAAAUCCUGUUUCCCUUUUGCUUCUUAUGCUGGUUCGACUUCACGCUCGAUUGAAUAGGCAAGUGCCAAUCUGGCUUAACCAUCUAACCCCCAUAAACUGGAGACGCAACAAGUUUUGCUUUUCGAGUUUCUUUGCCAAGAGGGGCAAAAGAGUUGCAUUCAACAGCAUCGUAACAUCGUGGCACCCCUUUUUCAUUUCGUUUGCGUCUUUUCCAACAGCAAAAAAAUUGACCCAUUGAAAAUUGUCUGACAGCUUCCAGCGGAUUAGACAUUGAGGGAACAAUGGGUACGCGUACAAGGAGGACACGAAUUCAAACAGGUUGAAUAACUCUGGAGGCAGGGUGAAGCAACAGGGUGGAUGCUUACAAAUCGAUUAAAGAAGGGUAGUCCCCCCUCUUUUCGUUUAUAAGAAAAGAAGUUUCCUAUUUCCAGUGAAUUUUUUUUGUUGUUCACAGGAAAACACGGUAUUUGUACAGGAUCUGAUAAUGUCCUUUUCAUUCCAUCCCUUCGUUGCCCCCAUCGUUCUUCUUCCUCCCCACCUCUCCGUGCCAAAGGAUUACAGACGUGAAUCGAUCAGACCGGCACGGAUGGGCGGUCCUGAAUUCCGAUCGUUUUUCUCUUGAGCGCGUUCCGCGUUCAGAGACACGCACGGUGCUCGCGCGAUUGACGUUUUACAACUCUCUUCGAAAAAAAAGGGGGGGGAUAAAAUCAAGCUUUUUAUUUUGCGUUUUUUUUUUUUUUUUUUUUGCUUCGACACCCUUCGUCCUUCCCGUCUUUGCCGUGCAUCUCCACCCUUUUUCCGCUGGUAAAUAAGACAUAUCCUUCUGCUUCUUUUUCCAGUGCCGUCUUCUUUACAUCCAAUUCGAUUCGGAUGUGGAAACACGUUUCCCCCCUUCCUUCGUGGCACGGAUAGAAUGGGAAAGGGGGGAGAGAAAAUAUCUAUAAAGUUGCAACACCGCCUUCAAAGAUUUAUUAUUAUGCGGCCCGAGCCUUUAUUAUUAUUAUUUUUUUCUCUUCGUUUUCUUCAUUCUUCCCUUUUCCUGCUUUAUUACCAGUCCGAGAUGAUAUGACCAUCGCUGCUGUUGCUGCCUUUUUUUUUUUUUUUUUUUUGCUGCUGUUGAUGCCGACCGGCGGCCACUUGUGUGGUCAACAUUCUUCAUGGUCCACUGCGCGCUUGGCUUUUGAUUUUUCUUUCUUUUCUCAAAGCGAAAUCGUAAUGGUUCGUCGUACAACCAGCUACUGAUUAACGGUCGAUAUGUCAGGUUUUUUUUUUUUUUAGCCCAAUGGGAAGGUACGACAAACAGUAGAUCUUCGAUCCCACGUUAACAUUUGCUUUUGGUCGGUCAAACGAGGAUGAAGGACCACCACCAGUAUUCAAACAUCGCGGCAUAGUUACCAUUUUCGAUUGUUUCGAUAUUCGAUGAAAUCCAUUUGCGUUCGUCAUGCAGUAAAAUCAACGUUGGCGGCGGUGAUCUGCCGCUCCUUAUCGAGUGGCUGCGGAACAAAAGGACAAAAAAUUACGACAUUAAUGAAUCCUUUUUGCUGUAUCAUUCCCGUUCUCUUUGUGUGUUUUGCUAAGUUUUUUGUGAAUUCAAUAUGCCAAGCGGGAGGAAAAACCACCGCCGUCGGUUCCCUUUUCACUGAUGGCGUGUGCCGGGCGCACGGGCCAGGUGAUCAUCACCGUAACCGUUGCCUUGUUCAUCACAGGCUUCUAGAGAACACACAGAUCGAACGUGAGGAUAACAUUUUUUUCUUCUCCCUCAUAUUUUUCUUUUGGAGGGGGGGCUAUUUAAAUACUGGAAUCUUUACUUCCGAAUUUCAAAAAAGGCUCAGUUGAGGAUAACAAGAGAGGGAAAAAAAUCCAUCAACAAAAAGAUCGUUGAAUUCAUCUCGUCUAUUGGGAAGACGUGGAAACGUGACCCUCAGUCCUUGGAGCCGGCUUAUACUUGUAUACACAGCGCGCAUGCCACUGUAAUCUUUACGUCUCUAUGUCUGUGUCACACUUUUUUUUUUUUAAUUUUUACUUUCCUGAGUUCGAAAAAUCAGCUAUUUCCCAAUGGCAUUAAACUUGGCACUGAAGAAACGCCCGUGAUUACUCUAGAACAGUGUAUUGGCCAAAAAAUCGCAAUCCAAAAAGGCAACAGGUGUCUAUUUUUGUUUUAAUUCGUUGGGGCUUGUUUUGGGUAAAAACUUGUUGUGUCCGGACACGAGCAAACAGAACGGAUUGCACACGAUGUACGCAUCUAGAAAAUUAUUUGGAAAAAAAACAGAAACAAAAAAUUCAGGAUGGAGGAUAUUUGAAAACAAGAUCGUGGGGCGUUGUCCUGUCUUUUUUAGGACGGAGUUCGUAUGAGCAUUCAAAUGUACCCAAAUCGGACUCAUGGGCAUGGCCGGCUGUCAAACCGUCAGCCGAAAACAACAUCUGAUAGACCCCCGAAUUGGAACGAUAAGCAAUCGAAUGUUUCUUAAAUCUUGGUUUAUUUUUAAUUUUUAAAUUUAUUAUUUGUGUUUUUGUUUAUUUAUCAUCUAUUUAUGUUUUUCUUGCCGCUUUUGAGCUGAAUCGGAGUUCAACCGGUGGGGGUAUGAGAAGCCACGCGCCGGGUCCACGCGCCUUUUUUCAUUGGCUCUCGCUGGCUAAUCACGUGAUCUCUAUCCAGAGAAAAGCUAUACCAGUCUUUCUCUGCUCUUUCUCGUUUUACAGAAGAAAGAGGAAGAGGGACCUGCCUCUCCCUAUUUUUUUUUAUUUUCUGAAAAGGGAAGAUUUUUUUUUUUCCAUAAGGGCUAGUUUUUGCGUGAUUAAAUUGCUCCAGUCGUCUCGGAUUCGUGGUCGGGAACGGUCGCGUGUUCUCGCACGUCGUCUGUGAAAUACAACAAGAAGAAUUCGGGAAAGAAAAAAAAGGAAACCACCAUGACAGCCAAAAGUGACAAGAAUCUGAAAAGCAGUCGUAGUGAUAAGCGGCGGACCAACAAGCCGUUGAUGGAAAAGCGACGCCGAGCGCGGAUUAAUCACAGCCUGUCCGUUCUUAAGAGUCUUAUCAUCAAGGACGAUGCCAACAGUUCGAACCCCACUUCACAAUCACGACUUGAAAAGGCGGACAUUCUAGAACUGACAGUCAUGCAUCUGCGCGCGCUGGAGAAGCAGAAAGAGGAGCAUUUGCAGCAGCAACAACAGUCCGAACUCGUUGAAAAAGAAAGCAACAGUAGUGUCGACAGUGACGUCAAAUCGUAUCGUCUUGGGUAUCAAGCGUGCUGCCACGACAUCGGACGCUUCUUGGACGGACCGGUCCUCGACUUGACAAAGGAACGACUGAUGGAGCAUCUCCUAGAAAAGAAGCAAAAACUAUUCCAGCUCAGCAACAGUGGCGAUCCGUCGGAUGCAAAUCUGGUCACUCCAACGCGUUUGUCGGACGGACGGUUGGCCCUCAUUUUCUCCUCGACUUGUUCUUGGCUCUCGGGCGGAAUAGAUCUCCCAGCUUCUUCUUCUGCGUCGUCUUCGUCAUUCCAUUCAAAUCUCGCUCCUGCCACUCCACCGUCUUCUCCGGAUCAACAAGUUGUUGUCCAACCGCUGCCAGACUCAGUCGGCAACGUGUGGCGGCCAUGGUUUUAAGGGUAAAAAUGGGCCGUUGUCAUUGCAACUCCAAUCUUUCAUUCGUUAUCAAAGUCCCUCUUGUACAUAAAUGCUAAUGAUCCAUUGAAAUGUGUCGAAGCGGAUUAAACGCUAAUAUCUCUGGAUGGCGAUCUCUUCUCUGAUCUCCGCUUUCGAGAUUCCGAUCUGUGGGUCUUACCAUGGACAUACAAACAUGGAAUGGGUACUGUAAAUGGUGCGAUAUCGGAGCCGAAUUCGCGAAAUGAUUAGCAUUCCACCCUCCAAGACUGUUUUGACUACAAUAAGGAAGUAUCGUAUUACGCA